AUAUGCAGGAAUGUGUUUUCACAGCUAAAAGAAGAACAGCUUGGCUUGUGGUAACAAGCUCACUGCUGAUUACAUCAUAUUCAAGGGAGAGAGGGUGGUGUUUUUUCAUAGCGUGGACCAUUGUAUCCACUGAGGACUCUGUGAAAUGACACUCGCUCUACUCCUGCUUUUGGCAUUGACAGCUUGCUGGAUUAGACAUGUUCAAUCUGAAGACAAAGAUGAGACAGUGCCCAUCUUAGAAGACUUAAAGAAUCAUGAUGAUGUGGCAGGCUCUGGAGAUGGAAGGACCCAGGCUUCCACUGAAAUAGGCUCUGCACGUAGUGACUCAGGUGGUGGUGAGGACAUAGAGCCGACUGCUGGGGCUGAACAGACAGAAACAGAGGACCAAAACACAGUCAUCAUGAUCAUCAUACUCCUGGUCCUCACACUCGUUAUCAUUUCUGUGAUUGUAUGGGGAGUCAUCAUUUACCGUAAAAGGACAACAAAAGAUUCUGUCACAAAAGAUAAUCCUUAUUUGGAUCAUGAAGACUAUGAAAAUGUGCCAAUGCCCAUGUUUAAGGAUGAUAUUCCAUCAGUAAUGGAGCUGGAAAUGGAAGAUCUAGAAAAUUGGAUGGCAAAAGGUGAUAUAUGGUUAGACAUAAUGCCUAAUCCUAAUCUUCUGACUUUAUGAGUCACUGUCUAUAUCUGAAACAUGUUGUGUGUCAAAUAUUGCUCAUCUAUAGUAAUUAAUAAUUUUACCAUAUUUGCCUCUGGUUACCCUGCUCAAUGUGCUGGACAGAAUCUCAUUGGUGUUCUCAAACGUUCAUACUAAACUGGCUUAAAAUGUUCAACUAGCCACUGACACUG